AUGGCCAUGAGCAUCGGGGCUGGCUGCCUGCGGUGCCCCCGGCGCGGUCCUCCCUGCCCCCGCCCUGCUGCCCACAUCCCCCCGGGGACAAACCACGCGGAAGCAGGGACCAGUGGCAGUGCCAGCCCCACGCCAGCCCCUCGUGCCCGUGGGAAGGGGGAGCAAUGUGUCCCACAGAGAGCUGUACCCGCCGUCACCCCACGCCAGCUUUUACCCCGCCCUGCACCCACCGGCUGCCCACGGGUGCCAUCCUCAGCCGGGAAACCCGCGGACAAAGACCACGGGUGGAAGGGACCCCGCUGCAGGGCAGAGCCCCCCGGCCGGGCACCCCCUGCCCCUGCCCGGCGCUGGGUGCUCGGCGCUGGCUGCCGGUGCCGGGCGCUGCGGGCGGAGGCGGAGCGCGGCCACUCCCUCCCCCGGGCAGUGCCCCGGGCCCGCCCCGCACGGCCCGGGAGGAGCCGCCGCCGCGGGCACCGGCACCGGCAGGCCAGGAGCGGCGGCAGCAGCGGCGCCAUGGCCUCCGAGAGCGAGGCGCAGCGGGCGCUGCAGUAUGAGCAGACCCUGAUGUAUGGGCGCUAUACGCAGGACCUGGGCACCUUUGCCAAGGACGAGGCGGCCCGGCUGCGGCUGCAGCAAGGCCACAGGGAGGGGGGCACCCCCCGGCCACGACGCCCCUCCGAGCUGCUGGAGUACACCCAGGGUCGCUGUGCCCCCUGCCGUGUCUGCGCCUUGCAGUGCCAGCGGUUCCUCAUCUCCAAGGUGGGCGAGGACUGGGUCUUCCUCAUCCUCCUGGGGCUGGUCAUGGCACUGGUCAGCUGGGCCAUGGACUUCGCCAUCGCCACCUGCCUCCAAGCCCAGAAGUGGAUGUACGGGGGCCUGGACACCAACGUGCUGCUGCAGUACCUAGCCUGGGUCACCUACCCCACCGUGCUCAUCACCUUCUCAGCCGGCUUCACCCAGAUCCUUGCCCCCCAGGCUGUGGGCUCGGGGAUCCCUGAGAUGAAGACCAUCCUGCGGGGUGUCGUGCUGAAAGAGUACCUCACCUUCAAGACCUUCGUGGCCAAGGUGAUCGGGCUGACGUGCGCCCUGGGUAGCGGCAUGCCCCUGGGCAAGGAGGGUCCCUUUGUCCACAUCGCCAGCAUGUGCGCGGCCCUGCUCAGCCGCUUUCUCUCCCUCUUCGGGGGCAUCUACGAGAACGAGGCAAGGAACAUCGAAAUGCUGGCGGCCGCCUGCGCCGUCGGUGUCGGCUGCUGCUUUGCUGCACCCAUCGGAGGCGUCCUCUUCAGCAUCGAGGUCACCUCCACCUUCUUCGCCGUCCGCAACUACUGGCGCGGCUUCUUUGCCGCUACCUUCAGUGCCUUCAUUUUCCGUGUCCUCGCUGUCUGGAACAAGGACGAAGAGACAAUCACGGCGCUGUUCAAGACCCGGUUCCGCCUCGACUUCCCCUUUGACCUGCAGGAGCUGCCUGCCUUCGCCGUCAUUGGGAUCGCCAGCGGCUUCGGGGGCGCGCUCUUCGUCUACCUCAACCGCAAGAUCGUGCAGUUCAUGCGCCGCCAGAAGACCAUCAACCGCUUCCUCAUGAAGAAGCGCCUGCUCUUCCCUGCCCUGGUGACGCUGCUCAUCUCCACGCUGACCUUCCCGCCCGGUUUUGGACAGUUCAUGGCUGGCCAGCUCACCCAGAAGGACACCCUGGUGACGCUGUUCGACAACCAGACGUGGGCCAAACAGGGGCUCAGCGAUGAGUUCGAGUACUUGGGCAUCCUGGAGGCCUGGCGCCACCCCCGCUCCAACGUCUUCAUCACCCUCGUCGUCUUCAUCCUCAUGAAGUUCUGGAUGUCGGCCCUGGCCACCACCAUCCCAGUGCCCUGCGGAGCCUUCAUGCCCGUCUUCGUCAUUGGGGCAGCCUUUGGGCGCCUGGUGGGGGAAAGCAUGGCAGCCUGGUUCCCCGACGGUAUCCACACCGACAGCAACACGUACCGCAUCGUGCCGGGGGGCUACGCCGUGGUGGGAGCGGCUGCGCUGUCGGGCGCCGUCACCCACACGGUGUCCACGGCCGUCAUUGUCUUCGAGCUGACGGGGCAGAUCUCUCACAUCCUGCCCGUCAUGAUCGCCGUCAUCCUGGCCAACGCGGUGGCCCAGAGCCUCCAGCCCUCCCUCUACGACAGCAUCAUCCGCAUCAAAAAGCUGCCCUACCUCCCCGAGCUGGGCUGGGGCCACCACGAGAAAUACAAUGUGCGGGUGGAAGACAUCAUGGUGCGGGACAUCCAGUAUGUCACCCUCAACUGCAAGUACCGGGACCUGCAGCACGUCCUGCACAGCACCAAGAUGAAGAGCCUGCCGCUGGUGGAGUCGGCUGAGUCCAUGAUCCUGCUGGGCUCCAUCGAGCGGGCGCAGCUGGGGGCCCUGCUCAGCCACCAGCUCAGCCCCCAGCGCCGGCUCCAGGCCCUGCGGCAGAAGGCGCUGGCCGAGGAUGGGCACCGGCUCUCCGACGCCAGCAUCCGCUUCCAGAUCAGCACAGAGGCCUCCUCGGGUGCCCCCACCCGUGCUGCCUUCCGCAAGCCCCUGAAGCCAGCGCUGAAGCGGGUGCCCAGUGGCCUGGUUGAGACCUCCCCGGCCGGCACCGCCGACCACACCGGCAUCGCCCUCAAGAGCCUCUUCUGUGCCAACACUGCCGCAGAGCCCACUGAGGCCCAGGGCACGGCCUAUCGCAAGGCCAAACGCGUCCGCAUUUCCAUUACGGAGGAGAUGGAUCUGGGUGACAAGAUGACCGCGGUGGAGAUCCUGGAGUGGGAGGAGCAGCAGCUGGACCAGCUGGUGGACUUCAGCAGUGCCAAGAUCGACCCCGCGCCCUUCCAGCUGGUGGAGCACACCUCGCUGCACAAGACCCACACCGUCUUCUCACUGCUGGGGCUGGACCAUGCGUACGUCACCAGCAUCGGGCGCCUGGUGGGCAUGGUGUCCCUCAAGGAGCUGCGCAAGGCCAUCGAGGGCUCACUGACGGCCAAGGGGGUGAAGGUGCGCCCGCCACUCGCCAGCUUCCGUGACAGCACCACCAGCGCCGGUGAGCCCGACACCACCGCCCUGCGUCAGCUCUGGGACUGCCACCAGCACCACCCCAUGCCCCGUGAGGCCGGUCCCGGGGGCAACGACGAGGACAACACCACUCCCGAGGGCCAGUGA